AUGAUUACCGCAAAUCUAAUCGGCCUAGCGCUGAACCUGGGCGUAUUGGAAGGCCUGCUUCCUUCUAUUGUGCAUUCCCUUUCUGCAGAUGUGGCCAUCAAGACUUUUAAAGGCUUGGAUGAUCUCUUGGAAGACAUCAAAAACUCAUCACCUGCACCCAGUAGGCCGCUCAAUAUUCCACUUGACGAAUAUAGCCCCAGGUUCUGCUCACUCGUGCGCCGAAUAUAUGAAUUGGUCGAUAAGCAUCUCUUACAUUACGCGGCUUCGGUUGUGAAGGCGGACGCUUGGCAUCUGCUAUCCGAGCGUCAGCAGACACGAAUACAAGAAACGGGCUUGUUCGUGGAGUUACGACAAGCGAAAGCACCACCACCUCGUUUCUCCAGCCAUAACCGAAGCUAUAAACGGUCGGCAUCUGCGGGAGUGCAAGCUUCUUAUGAAGCUCCUCCUAUAGAGCGAUCCCACUCCAUAGAGAGAGGAAGACCUCUGUCUACCAUACAGCAGACAGCAACCAGCUCAGAAGAUGGCAUACAAAAAGCGGAACUGGUCGAAGAUGUCAAUAAGGAGGAGUCUGUGGAGAAAAAACGUGAACGCAAGGAAGACCCGGUCGCAGUUGCAGAGAUGGUAAUAGAGGCAAGCGAAGAAAUGGACUCGGGUGAGCUCCGCCUUUGUCAGUUCAUCACAAACACACAGGCUAUACUUGAUCCACUUCAUCCACUUCGCUACUGGAAAAUUCAGUGAAC